CCCUAUCGCGCAUAGCAGGAGCCCCUUUGGAAUAAGUCACACAACUUACCCAAAUCCUCUCCAUUACUUCCUUGAUUGUUGAUGACAUACAUCACUGACUUGGUUGCUUCCCCUACUUUUUAAGUUUGAUAGAUAUGCGAUGUAAACUUAGGGAAGGGAAAUCUGAUAGGUGCUCCAAGUUUUGAAUCCUUACAGGAAAGUCACAGCCCUCAAGAGAUAAAAUCUGUAACCUGCUUAAUUAUAGGAAUUAGGACUUAAAGGGAUUAUACCCAAAAUCUGUCCUACAUUUCUGAGGUCGCUGCUGCCUUUCACUGUGGGAGGAUUUGGGAAGUAUAUUUAAAUAGUUCUGAGGAAAAUGAUUUGGUGUUAAUCCUACCUCCGCCCUGAGGGAUAGGGUGGGGUCUCGGAGUAUUUUAGAAGUAUCAAGGCGUUCCAAUAAAACAAACAGGUUGGGGUAUUGCACAGUCUGAGCCAGGCAUAGGAAGUCCCACUCCCACCCAGGUUAAAAACCUUUCCUGGAUAUGCGCAGGUACCUCCUUUGCCUAACGCCAGGCCCUUUCUCACCCCUUCAACCCCAGACCUGGAGGGGCUUUCUCCCUACCAACUUCAGAUCAACAAACAUUCCACCCAGAAUGUUUACCCGAAAAAGGGCGGGUCAGGGGCCGCGUCUGUGACCUCGCGUGGAACUCCCGUGCUGCGCUCCCAUUGGUUGGAAGUUCUCUCCCCAAAAGCUUGCGCGACCUAGGCUCGCCACGCCAGCCCGACCUGAAUCGGGUCCGCCCUGGGGGCGUGGUCCUGGCGGAGGGGCGGAGCCUUGUGGCCCCGGUGGCCUAUAGAGCGGGAGGGAGUCCCCGACCGCGCCCCUCGAGGCCGGGCUCUUGCGAGGCCAAUCCCGGGCGUCCGGUGGGCGAACGUGGGGGCCUGGCGGGCCGGGCCGGGCCGCGGGGCGGGGGACAAUGGGCCAGUUCCUGGUGCGUCACGAGGGAGUUCCUUAAAGGGGAAGUGAGCGGGAUCCGGGCGGACGCGCGGAGCGGCGGUCGGCUAGAGACGCUCCCGGCUCUUCAAAAUAAUGCCCGCGGCUGUCGCUCGACAAUGCAAUGGCGAGCGCUCGUCCUGGGACUGGUGCUGCUACGCCUCGGCCUCCACGCGGUGCUCUGGCUGUUCUUCGGGCUGGGGCCCAGCAUGGGCUUCUACCAGCGCUUUCCGCUCCCCUUCGGCUUGCAGCGUUUGAGGGACCCCGACGGCUCGGAGCCGGUGGGUCCGCCGGAAGGCCCGGCCUGGCUGCAUCGGCCAAAGCGCGGGCCGGAGGGGCGGCUCGAGACCCCGCAGGAGCCGGGGCCGGGCAUGUGCGGCCAGGCGCACUGGGGCUACGCUCUGGGCGGCCGUGGCUGCGGCCCGGACGAGUACGAGCGGCGCUACAGCAGCGCCUUCCCGCCGCAGCUGCGUGCCCAGAUGCGCGACCUGGCACGGGGCAUGUUCGUCUUUGGCUACGACAACUACAUGGCGCACGCCUUUCCGCAGGACGAGCUCAACCCCAUCUACUGCCGCGGCCGGGGGCCGGACCGCGGGGACCCUUCAAAUCUGAACAUCAAUGAUGUCCUGGGAAAUUACUCCCUGACUCUUGUUGAUGCCUUGGAUACACUUGCAAUAAUGGGAAAUUCAUCCGAGUUCCAGAAAGCAGUCAAGUUAGUGAUCAACACCGUUUCAUUUGACAAAGAUUCCACGGUCCAAGUCUUUGAAGCUACAAUAAGGGUUCUGGGAAGCCUCCUUUCUGCUCACAGAAUAAUAACUGACUCCAGACAGCCCUUUGGUGACAUGAAAAUUGAGGAUUAUGAUAACGAGUUAUUGUACAUGGCCCAUGACCUGGCCGUGAGGCUCCUACCAGCUUUUGAAAACACCAAGACAGGAAUCCCCUAUCCUCGGGUGAAUCUGAAGACGGGUGUUCCCCCUGAUAGCAAUAAUGAAACCUGCACAGCGGGCGCUGGUUCUCUCCUGGUGGAAUUUGGUAUUCUGAGCCGACUUCUGGGGGAUUCCACUUUUGAGUGGGUUGCCAGACGAGCUGUGAAAGCCCUCUGGAACCUUCGGAGCAACAACACAGGAUUGCUAGGCAAUGUUGUGAACAUCCAGACAGGCCACUGGGUUGGCAAGCAGAGUGGCCUGGGUGCCGGGCUGGAUUCCUUCUAUGAAUACCUCUUGAAGUCUUACAUCCUUUUUGGAGAAAAGGAAGACCUGGAGAUGUUUAAUGCUGCAUAUCAGAGCAUCCAGAGCCACCUGCGAAGAGGCCGGGAAGCCUGCAAUGAAGGAGAAGGGGACCCACCACUCUAUGUCAACGUGAACAUGUUCAAUGGGCAGCUCAUGAACACCUGGAUUGACUCUCUGCAGGCUUUCUUCCCUGGGCUGCAGGUUCUGAUAGGGGAUGUGGAAGACGCCAUCUGCCUCCACGCCUUCUACUAUGCUAUAUGGAAACGGUAUGGGGCCCUCCCUGAGCGCUACAACUGGCAGCUCCAGGCCCCUGAUGUUCUCUUCUACCCACUGAGACCAGAGUUAGUGGAGUCCACCUAUCUUCUCUACCAGGCAACCAAGAAUCCCUUCUACCUCCAUGUAGGAAUGGACAUUCUGCAGAGUCUGGAAAAAUACACAAAAGCCAAAUGUGGGUAUGCCACGCUGCAUCACGUCAUAGACAAGUCUAAAGAGGACCGGAUGGAGAGCUUCUUUCUCAGUGAGACCUGUAAAUACUUGUAUCUGCUGUUUGACGAAGAGAAUCCAGUACACAAAUCUGGAACCAGAUACAUGUUUACAACAGAGGGCCACAUCAUAUCUGUUGACAAGCAUCUUCGGGAAUUGCCUUGGAAGGAUUUCUUUGAAGAUGGAGAGCGGGACCAAGAGGAAAAGUUUGUGCACAGGCCUAAGUCUCAGGAGUUCAGAAUCAUUAACUCCAGUUCUAACUGCAACCGUGUUCCUGACGAGAGGAGAUACUCCCUGCCCUUGAAGAGCAUCUACAUGCGCCAGAUCGACCAGAUGGUUGGCUUGAUUUGACCUGCUCACCUCAGUGUGGUCAGACCUUAAACCAAAUCCACGCCUACCAAAACCUCCUCUAAGAUGGAAGGGUUGGAGUCUGUUGUCUGUGACACUGUAGAAGUUUCUGUCCAGCUCUUACCUCUGGUUGAUUCUUGCACCUAGUGUUUCCCUUCUCUUUAAUAAAACACCCUAUUUUUCUGAAGGAUACCAUUAGAAAUGGGAAGGUAUGUGGGAGCUUCUUGUGACACGCUGAUGUUCUUAAGCACAAUGGAUGCGCCUCUUUGGAUUGUUCUUCCCAACUUCACACGUAGAAUGCCCGUCUCGUCGCGUUGUCUCCACUUGCUGUGCUGAAGUAUUGCUACCUCUCUGCUAGAGGAUCAGGGAUGAACGCCCUGUGCAAAGGUCCUGAGGUUUACUUGGCAUCACUACUUACAGCAAUGCAAGUCUCAUCCCUUCUCUCUCUUAUGUGAUCAUCGUGCUGUUCCCAAAUAGCCAGCCAUGAUUUUGGAUCACAUGGUCUAUUUAUGUCUUAAAGUAAUUUAUACAGUGUUAUUUGUUUUAGUGUAGUGGUCUAGCCGGAAAUCCUCCAGGUAGCCUCUAAAGUUAGAUUGGAGUCUACGAGAUAACAGAUCUUUUGAGCUAUAAUGCAUAUAUUUUCAACAUCAACUUACCUGAAGAACUCAUGGUUCCAGAACCAGGUGCCUUCUAGGGAGAGGAAAACCUUAGGAUUGUGUGAGCUUCCAUCCCUUGUGUUUCAUAACCAAGGAUGCUUGACGCUGACCAUCUUUGGGUUAGACUUCUGUUCUUGUUGGCUUAUGUGUAGUGCCAAUUAGAUAAUCAGGGACAAAGAAAUGAUCAGAUGACUUUCUGACAUCCUUGAGCCAUUUCUCUAUGUGAUACAGGCUUUAGAUUAGUGCCUUAUGGGUUUUGUUUGGGCCAUUGGCUGUCGCAGCCACUGUGGUGACUGUUGACAGCUGGUUUUGUAUUGCCAUAUGAUAGAACCAAUUAAGAGCAGGGUGGGCAUGAGGAAGAUUCCUGAAAACCAAUUUGUCAGUCUUUGCCUUUUAACCUGUGAUUUUAGCCAGGCAUAAAGGAGGAAAUUAAGAAGAAAUACUUUUUAUUCUCUUUAGCAAACAGAAAGCUCUCUGAAUUUACACGGACUGUUGCUAAGAAACAGAGCUGUGUCUGACCCCGAGCCUGACCUCCUUGCAUUGUGACAUGUCCAAAGGCAUCCUAGGCAAAGGGCGGGGCAUCUAUGAGAAAGCCAAUCCAGCCUCACGUGUCUUGUGUCUUCCCUGUACUGUUUAUACACUUAAGAUUAGUUCGUUCCAGUGUUCUGUAGCCAGGAAAAAAAGCCUCUGAACCAUUUGAUUUUAGUCAAAAGAGAGAAGUUCUAUUCUUCAAAAUGUGUUAUUGUUUUGAAAAGAGAUAUGUCAUUCAGUUCCUUGGCAUUCUUAGAAUGGGGAUUUCAGUAGUGAAUGUGUCACCUUUUAAACACUUACUAUGCAAUUGGUUUUAUUUAUUUGUUACAAAUAUUAAAUGCUUCUAUUUUCUUUGAUUUCACAA